AUGUUAGUCAGGAAGUGUGACAAAUGCCAACGGUUCGGCAGUGUCCCCCAUGUCCCUGCCAAACCACUUUCACCGAUCGUAAGCUCAUGGCCAUUCGCCCAAUGGGGGUUAGAUUUAAUUGGUCCGAUGCCGGAAGGCAAAGGUCAGGUCAAAUAUGCUGUGGUUGCCGUGGACUACUUCACCAAAUGGGUAGAAGCCAAAGCCUUAGCAACGAUAACGGUAGCCAGAAUUGAGGAUUUCGUAUGGACGAACAUUUGUUGCCGAUUCGGAAUCCCCUACGCCAUCGUCACGGAUAACGGCAGGCAGUUCGAUUCGGAAGUCUUCAGGGAGUUCUACGUCCGACUCAAGAUCAAUCUGUUCUUUGCUUCGCCAGCUCACCCCCCAUCGAACAGCCAAGUCGAGGCAAUGAAUAAAAUUGUCAAGAAGCUAUUGAAACGGCAACUCGAUAAAGCCAAGGGAGCCUGGCCGGAAAAACUCCGAAAAGCGUUAUGGGCCAUCCGGACAUCCUACCGAACGGCAACUUGUGAAACACCGUUCUCCAUGGCUUUCGGCUCGGAAGCGGUAGUCCCAGUGGAAAUCGGAGAGCCUUCCUACCGAACAGAAGCUUUCACACCAGAGGCAAAUGAGGAGGCGCUCGCCUUAAGCCUCGACUUGCUCGAAGAACGCCUAGCACAAGCCAACCUUCGGAACGAGGCUUACAAACAACGCGUCUCUCGGUACUAUGACUCCAGGGUCAGAUCCCGCUCUUUCAGAAUCGGAGACUGGGUCAUGCGAAAAGUCUCGCUGGCAACCAAGAAUCCUACGGAAGGAACCCUCGGACCAUCCUGGGAGGGACCAUACGAAAUCAUCGGUAUCCAGCAAUCGGUAUCCAGCAAUCGGGGACCAUACGAAAUCAUCGGUAUCCAACGAAAAGACCCUCGGUCAUCCUUGGAAUGUGGAGCAUUUGAAAUAUUAUUUUAA